GCCUUAAGAUGUCAGUUUGUUUCUUUGAUUCCGUGAUCUAAUACUUGACCCGAUGAGAGGAAAUGCAAAUUAUCUUGUCACACGACGUGAUUCCAUGCUCCAGUACUUCACUUAGGUCAGGAAAUGCAAUCGUAAAAAAAGAUUGCAUGGGCCGAGUACACAGAGGCCCAUCUUAGCAUAGCAAAGCAAAGCAACUGGGCCCGGCCCAAUACCUUACUAACUAUGCUUCUCUGCGUGACUGGGCCCACUAACCGCAGCGCUCCUUCCUCUCUCCAACAACUCCGGCGAUGGCGGCGGCGGCGGCGGCGGCGCCGUCGCGUUCUCCCAGCUUGCUGUCGCUGUGCCUCGAGGAGGUGGCCUCCCACCUCAGCGAAGGUGCGGCGGCCGCCGGCGGGUGCGGCCCUGGCCAUCUCGAUGGGGAUGGGGCCUGUGGUGGCGAGGCUGGCGGGGAGGAGGAGGAGGAGGAGGAGGGUGGCCGCCUGGUGAUUACGCCGGAGGAGGUGGCGGAGGCGCUGCCGUGGGAGCUCCUCCACCGGGUGGCGUCACGCCUCCCGCCCGCCGCGCUCGAGUCGCUCCACCACGCACACGAGGCGUGCUGCUCUUCAACUGCUGCUACAAGUGUUGGGUUUGGAGGGCCUGACGGCGGCGGACGCGGGAUAAAACGAUCAAGGUGCGAAGAUUUCAACUCCGCGUGGCAAGCAUUGUUCAGACUUCGUUGGCCCCUUUGUGAUAAUGCUGGACAUGAUAGCUUGAUUACUGUAGAUUGGCAGCAACAAUAUUGGGAAAAGCAUUUGCAGGAGUGCCUUGACGAAGCUGCUGAGAGUGCCUUGCUUCCUUCCUUUUGUGGGAAUAUUGGUGAGCUGACUAUAUCAGCUAAAAUCAUGAGUUAUGUUCUCCACAGCAAGGACAUCCGUCAACAUUAUUCAACAUUUAUGUAUCAUUGCAGAAGAUUUGGCUGUUACUCGAGGUGUUUGCGACUGCAAAGUGUUCUUUGCACAGCAGAAAUUUCUGGUUUGUUGCAAGGUAGUAAGCUGGAAAAAUUGAUGUUUGUAAGAAUAAAAUCAGAGCUGGAGGUUAAUGGCGUCUGCAUGCUUUUGGACUGCCAUGCAGAGACAUUGCUUUCUCUUGAAUUUAUUCAUUGCCAGCUUUGUCCUGCUGCCAUGGAUAAAAUUUGUAAUAGUGUAUUGCAGAAGGGAUCAGUAAACCAUGGGAUCCAGAACUUCAGUAUCAAAUCAUCACGUAUUUGCGAAAGCAACCCUCUAAACAUCUCUGCCGGUUUAUUAGAUUUUCUUUCAAUGGGAAAGUCAUUACAUUUUCUGUCUCUUAAUGAUACUAAGAUGCAGCCAUCAUUUGCCAAAAUAAUUGUUCAUACUCUUCUUGAAUCUUCAAGUGGCAUACAAACUCUUGAGAUAUCAGAAAACAAUAUUGCAGGCUGGCAAAAGACAGUGGAUAAAAGAUUUGCACGCUUUUCAUCAGCAGUAGAUUCAAGUACUUCUCUGCACUCCUUGACCCUUCUUAACCUGAGGGGUAACAAUUUGAACAAGAGUGAUAUCGAAGAUCUAUGCAAAAUCUUAGUUAAGAUGCCUAACUUAAGAGAUUUAGAUAUAAGUGACAAUCCUAUCAUGGAUGAAGGAAUCAGAUUUCUUAUAUGUUUUAUUUCACGGACUCUUUGGAAGGCAAAAUCACUUUCGAGGUUAAGAGCAGAGAACUGUGACUUGACAAAUAUUGGUGUGACUGAACUUCUUGAAUGCCUUUCAUCUGUGAGUGAACCACUUAAUCUGCUGUCUAUAUCGGAUAAUCAUCUUGGGAGUUCUGUUGCAGCUGCAUUGGCGAAAUUUUUGGGUUCUGGUGUAAGGGAGCUAAAUAUUGAAGAUAUUGGCCUUGGGCCGAUAGGCUUCCAAAUCCUUGAGGAAGCAUUACCAGCAGAGGUUGCCCUUUCCCAUAUCAAUGUCAGUAAGAACCGCGGUGGGAUUAGAGCUGCACAUUUUGUUUCCAGAUUAAUACGACAAGCACCAGUCCUUGUGUCAGUCAAUGCAGGGUCUAACCUCUUGCCUCCUGAAUCUAUGGAAGUCAUCUGCAAUGUCUUGAAGCAAAAUACAUGUAACUUGGAGCGGUUGGAUCUGAUGGGCAACAUGCAUUUGUCAGAUGCUGCCUUUCCUGCAGCACUUGAAUUCAGGAAGCGCGGAAAGCAAAUCCUCGUUCUUCCUUCACAGCCAGGUGCCUGUGCUCCAUAUGAUGAUGACCCAUAAUCAAGGCCGGUUACAUCGGUAAUUGUGUAAUGUGUUUGGUUAUCUGAAAUGGGACUCGGCGGUGAAGCAUCUGGAUGUUGGUCCUGUGAUGGUAUGGCUUACACCAUGGCUCGUGGCAUGCCGACCUGCUGGCCAUGGGCUGCUGUGCUGGAGAUGGAACCAAUUGUUGGAUCAGUUUGGUGUUGCCAGGCAUUGCUCCCUGGUACUUCGUCAUGGGGAUAGUGCCGUGUUGCCAGCUUCAUCUGCAUCAAUCAGUGUUGUGGCAUGUAUGUUGGAGAUGGUACAACGAGGAUUGUGAGUUGAUUGAGGAAUGUCGUAGCGUCCAGUGCGUACAGAGCAGUGUUGUGUUUUGAUCCAAGAAUGGGAAAUGACAGAGUUCAUAUUCCGCACUCCAACUUGGCAGCAAGACGCUAUGGUGAGUUAUUGUAAGUUGGGUUAUAGUGUCUGAUAUUCCAUAUCAUGUUGAGCUCCUCUUGUUACUGGAUAUUAGACAUGUUUCUUAUGUUUUGAUACAUUACUUAGAUUGAGAUGACCUGCUUUUAGUCUUUGAAGAAGACACUGAGUUGAAUAUAUUUCGAUAAAUUUAGGUCUUCCAUGUUGGCGUUGUAGGUCUUUUCGACGCCCUUAUUUUUUUUUCUGACAUGUUUAUACAUUCAUUGCCACUUACCGACAUUGUUUUCAUCUUUAAAAAUAACAAAGGAAGUUGGUCCAUUUUACGUAUGUCAGAGCUAGUUGCAGAGCGCCUCUGCAAAUGCAUUUUGCCUAUCUGUAAAAAUUGUUCUUGAUAGUGCGAUGGGAUAAAACCGCCCGUCUCUCCAAAUGCAUUUUGCUUGUCUGUAAAAAUUGUUUCAGUAGUGAUGGAACAAAACUCCGGCAACCAUGCGCGGUCACAUGGCUAGUUGCUCAAAAGGUAAUCGAAUUUUGUGCUAC